UCGGCAACGUAAAAUCUAAGAAUUCUAUUUACUGAUUAAAAUAUAUUAAAAGAUGUCAUCACGGUAUGAUCGAGCUGUGACUAUAUUCUCUCCGGAUGGUCACCUGUUGCAGGUGGAAUAUGCUCAAGAAGCGGUUCGAAAAGGCUCAACAGCGGUCGGAGUUCGUGGAGCUAAUUGCGUGGUGCUGGGUGUAGAGAAGACUUUGGUGCCCAAGAUGCAGGAGGAUCGUACGGUGCGCAAGAUCAGCAUGCUGGACCAUCACGUGGGCAUGGCCUUUGCCGGGCUAAGAGCUGACGCACGAAUCCUGAUGAAUCGCGCCCAGGUCGAGUGCCAGAGCCAUCGACUUAACUUCGAGAAUGCAGUGACCAUUGAGUACAUUACCAGAUACAUUGCUCAGCUGAAGCAGAAGUACACGCAGAGCAAUGGCCGACGACCCUUUGGAAUAUCCUGCCUUAUCGGUGGCUUCGAUGCCAAUGGAUCUCCACGUCUAUUCCAAACCGAACCAUCGGGAAAUUUCUACGAAUACAAGGCGAAUGCAACUGGGAGGUCAGCAAAUACUGUGCGCGAGUUUUUGGAGAAGGCCUAUAAAGAUGAAAAAGUAAGCACCAAUGGUGGAGCCAUCAAGCUAGCUAUACGCGCCCUUCUCGAAGUCACCCACUUGGGCCAGAAUCAUCUGGAGGUGGCCGUUAUGGAAAACGGGAAGUCAAUGAAAAUUUCUGGACAACAAUACAAUAGCCAGUUUAAUAAAAAUCAUUGAAAGGGAAAAGGAGCUCGAAAGGAAGACACAGAAAAUAAAUGCAAGGAAUACUGUUAUAUAAAUCACUUCUGAGGUCAGCUUCUCCCU